AUGGAUAAUCGGGUGUCCGUAACACACAAUGCCUUCGUGGACGAGUCUAUUGACAAAUCCAGCUUCUUGUGCCUCAAGGCUCGCAAAGACGCUGCAGGUCCUGCACGUGUCGCCACACUGCGUGAGGAUGCUGAGAGGCUUCAGCAGAAGGAGAAGUCGUUGCAGUCGUUGUACGCUGAGCUCGAGCGCGAGAAGAAUGAUGCUGAGCAGAGAGUUGCUAUCCUUGAGCAGCAGCUCAUGAUAGAGACAAAGGCGCUGAACGAGGCUGCUAUGCAGCAGGAGUCAUUGUAG